CCCAGAGCGUCUGAUGAGCCCGAUGAGCUCAGGAAGCAGCGGUCCUUAUUUCAUGUUUUGUAGCGACUGAAAGGGGAGGACAGGUGUUAUUUUUGGGGGUCGUAGAGGCAGAAUAUUUUCCAGUUGUUUCAGAUUAGGCGGCUGUCAGCGACAGAAGAGCUUUGUUAUGAUUUCCAGCGUUGAUAUCGAUGAUGUUUACUGUUCAGCCACAUAGGUCUAUGUGACGGAUAGCAAAUAUUAACUGGUUCCUCCAGCGUGAAACUGCCUUAAUAUUAGGCACAGACGGGAUUAUUUGACAUAUUUUCUCCAUUUAUAUUGCUGUUUGCUGGUGGCACGCCAAUAAUUGACUCUGGAGCAAGACACGGAGGAUAGCAUGGCCAUGACGGGGGGGACGGCAGCUGCCCUUCCCAUGAGCAACCACACCCGGGAGAGGGUGACCGUGGCCAAGCUGACUCUGGAAAACUUCUACAGCACGCUGCUGACGCAGCACGAGGAGCGGGAGAUGAGGCAGAAGAAGCUUGAAAAGGCCAUGGAAGAAGAGGGCCUGCCAGAUGAGGAGAAAGUGAUGCGGCGCUCGCAGCACGCCCGGAAGGAGACGGAGUUCCUGCGUCUGAAGAGGACGCGGCUCGGUUUGGACGACUUUGAGUCUCUGAAGGUUAUCGGAAGAGGAGCUUUUGGAGAGGUCCGCCUGGUGCAGAAAAAGGACACUGGACACAUUUACGCCAUGAAGAUCCUGAGAAAAGCAGACAUGCUGGAGAAAGAACAAGUGGCUCACAUCCGUGCAGAAAGGGACAUUCUGGUGGAGGCGGACAGCGCCUGGGUGGUCAAGAUGUUCUACAGCUUCCAGGACAAGAGGAACCUCUACCUCAUCAUGGAGUUCCUGCCUGGAGGCGACAUGAUGACGCUGCUGAUGAAGAAGGACACACUGUCCGAAGAGGCCACGCAGUUCUACAUCGCCGAGACGGUUCUGGCCAUCGACUCCAUCCACCAGCUGGGCUUCAUCCACAGAGACAUCAAACCAGACAACCUGCUGCUGGACUCCAGGGGACACGUGAAGCUGUCGGAUUUCGGCCUGUGCACCGGACUGAAGAAGGCCCAUCGCACCGAGUUCUACAGGAACUUGACGCACAACCCACCAAGUGAUUUCUCUUUCCAGAACAUGAACUCAAAGAGGAAAGCAGAAACCUGGAAGAAGAACAGGAGGCAGCUGGCUUAUUCCACAGUAGGAACGCCAGACUACAUCGCUCCUGAGGUGUUCAUGCAGACUGGGUACAACAAGCUUUGUGAUUGGUGGUCUCUGGGUGUCAUCAUGUACGAAAUGCUCAUCGGUUACCCACCCUUCUGUUCGGAGACGCCACAGGAGACGUACAGGAAGGUCAUGAACUGGAAGGAAACCCUCGUCUUCCCACCUGAAGUCCCCAUCUCAGAGAAGGCAAAGGAGCUGAUUCUAAGGUAUUGCACUGAUGCGGAGAACCGAAUAGGCGCCGUUAGUGUGGAGGAGAUCAAAACCCACCCGUUCUUUGAGUCGGUGGACUGGGAGCACAUCAGGGAGCGACCAGCAGCCAUUUCUAUCGAAAUCAAAAGUAUUGAUGAUACUUCAAACUUUGACGACUUCCCCGAAUCAGACAUCCUUCAGCCAGCCAAUGCAACAGAGCCUGACUUCAAAUCAAAGGACUGGGUAUUCUUGAACUACACGUACAAACGGUUCGAGGGCUUGACUCAACGAGGCACCAUCCCUACGUACAUGAAGGCAGGGAAGACCUGACGCGCACCACA